CACCACCGUAGUAUCAGACGAAGUCUGCAACCAAUGGAGGCGUUCAACGGCUUCUCGUCACCAAAGUUUUAGUCUUUCGAUCCUGAAACCGUGAAAUUUUCGUUCUUGAUCGAGAAUCAAGAACGAGCAGAAGCUCAAAAUGUCAACAACCACCGUCACCGCCGGCGACGAUGCAGACUCGUCUUUUAACGAAGACAAGCCGAGAAAAAUCGCCAUCAUCUUCGCGUUUUGCGGUGUAGGAUACCAAGGGAUGCAAAGAAACCCCGGCGCGAAGACCAUCGAAGGCGAGCUCGAAGAAGCUCUGUUUCACGCCGGAGCCGUAACAGAGACCGAUCGUGGGAAACCGAAGCAAUACGAGUUCACACGAUGCGCACGGACUGAUAAAGGAGUCAGCGCCGUGGGACAAGUAGUCUCGGGACGAUUCCACGUUGACCCACCUGGUUUUAUCGAUCGGCUUAAUGCGAAUCUUCCUGAUCAGAUAAGGGUUUUUGGUUACAAGCGUGUUACCGAGAAGUUUAGCUCCAAGAAGGCAUGUGAUCGGAGGAGAUAUGUGUAUUUGCUUCCCGUGUUUGCGCUUGAUUCGUUGAGGCAUCGUGAUAGAGAAGCGGUGAUGGCUAGUUUGGGUUCUGGUGAGGAGUAUGUGAAGUGUUUCGAGUGUUCUGAGAGAGGUCGUAAGAAUAAGAUCACUGGUGUUGUGGGUAAGCUCAAAGUGGAUGUUCAGUCAGACAUUUUGUCGAACAACUUAUGUGCAUUAACAACUGAUGUAAAGAGUGAAGCUUUGAAUGAGAGAAAGAACAAGUUUUGUUAUGGGGAGGAGGAGAAGGAGAGGUUUAAUAGGAUACUUAGUUAUUAUGUUGGGUCGUUUAAUUUUCAUAAUUUCACUACUAGGAUGAAAGCAGAUGAUCCUGCUGCGAAUCGUUCUAUAAUCUCUUUCACUGCAGACACUGUUAUUAGUCUUGAUGGGGUUGACUUUAUCAAGUGUGAAGUCUUGGGACAAAGCUUUAUGCUUCAUCAGAUUAGGAAGAUGAUGGGUCUUGCUGUUGCUAUCAUGAGGAACUGUGCUGCUGAAUCACUUAUCCAGACAGCUUUCAGCAAAGAUGUGAAUAUAACUGUACCAAUGGCGCCAGAAGUAGGACUAUACUUGGAUGAAUGUUUCUUCACGUCUUAUAACAACACACAAUUUGAAGAUAGUAAUGAGAAAGUGUCGAUGGAAGCAUACAAGGAAGAAGCUGAAGCAUUUAAGUUGAAGCAUAUAUAUUCCCAUAUAGGCUCUGCUGAGCGAAGAUAUGGAUCUGUGGCUCUUUGGUUGCAUUCCUUGAACUAUAGAAACUAUCCUGACCUGAACUAUGGCAAAAAUUGUCACAAAACUGAGCAAGAAACAACAGAGCCAGAGCCAUAACUGUAGCCUAACUAAUCUCAGUGCUAGUUUGAAGAGUCAACAUUGUUUGUGUGUUUUGAGUAUUUUUCUACAUCUUUGGUGUAACGAUUCUUGUAACUUUUAAAAAUGUUUUUUCACAAAUGCUAAUGGAUUUGAUUUAGUUUCUUCCUCAAUGUCAUCAUCAGAUAA